AUGGAGCAGCCAACUCAGGAGCAUAUGACGGCCGUGAAGAGGAUCCUGCACUAUGUAGCCAGGAAGAUCAAGUACGGGGACCACUAUAGGAAAGCAAAGGAGGGACAGCUGUGGGUGGCAGCCCUGUCGUCCUAUGAAGCAGAGUAUGUCGCCACCACCACUACAACUACACAAGGAGAAAACGGAUCUUGUAAGGCUCCUCGAGCAGAAAAACGAGACCACAGAGUUGAGCCGGACCGAGAUACAGAAGUUGCGGCUCGCCAAUUGGGAGCUUGCGCGGGCCAAUUCUCAGAUGAUGGCACUGAAAGCGUUGCAGGCUUGCAGCAUGAGCUUGCGUGCUCAAGAGCCGCCCUUAAAGUGAAAACAUCUGAAUUGGAGGAUGCAAAGAAGGUGAUGCAGCAGCGCAACGCCAGGGGCGGACCCACAUGGUGGUCCCGGUAGGUUCAGGACUACUCUGGUAUAGCCCAAAAUUUACGAUAUU